UACGUACGUGAGCAGGUGCUGCUGUAUACAUGCAGCGAAAUAUAACGAAACUAUUAAGUUAGAUAAGUGCAGUCGUCAGGCCUUUUAAACGGAAUAAAGGACUUUAAAUAUCAUUUUUAAAGGAGAGUCUGAAUAAGAAAACAGACAUGGAGGAAAUGACGAUAUGGGAGCAGCACACCGUCACUUUAACGAAAGACUCCAAGGUCGGCUUCGGUUUUGCCGUCUCAGGUGGGCAGGACAAACCCAAUCCAGCAAAUGGGGACACGUCGGUGAUCGUCUCCGAUGUGAUUUCAACCGGCCCCGCGAUGGGACGGCUUCAAACACGAGAUCAGAUAGUUAUGGUGAAUGGAGUUUCGAUGGAGAACGUCACCUCGCUAUACACUAUUCAGAAUCUGAGGAAUUGUGGGAAAACGGCAAAUAUCACUGUGAAGAGACCACGCACAAUUCAGAUUCCCGUGAACAACAGACCUUCCCGCUCCACCUCACAAUCCAAUUUACUGGACGACAACAGACCUUCCCGCUCCGCCUCACAAUCCAACUUACUGGACGACGACAGAGCGCAGCGCAAGGGUCAGCGAGGCACAGACGGUGGCCGCAACCGGCGAACUCGAAGCGUGACACCCGACCGUAACGGUCAUGAUCUCCCUAUCAUGUCCGGCUUCAAGAGACUGCCCAAUCAGGACGUGCAAGAUAAACCAAUCAGAGCGACCCUGGUCAAGAAAAAACCAACAGAUGAGUACGGAAUGAAAUUGGGCAGUCAGAUCUUUAUCAAGCACAUGACGCCCACCGGUCUGGCUUCAAAAGACGGCACCCUUCAAGAAGGAGAUCUGGUUCUAAAGAUCAACGGCAUGACAACAGAGAAUCUGUCUUUGCUGGAGACCAAACAUCUGGUGGAGAAGUCCAGAGGUAAGCUCACCAUGUUGGUGUUAAGGGACGACAGAAAGUUCCUGGUCAGUAUUCCUGAAGUGGAGGACAGUCCUCAGAACAGCGCGGAUGAGAGACGUGAAGACAGCAGCUCGGAGUUGGAGGAUAUCUCAGAUCUGGACAUAGGAGGCCCAGCAAAUCGAACAUCUCGCCCAAGAGAUCGACGCUCUCGCAAAAAUCGUGCCGAUCCUGUUCCCCUGGCAAAGCCACGUGAUUCUCCUCCUCUGCGCUCCACGCUCACGCGACCCCCGGCUAAGUCGGCGGCCCCUCGCAGAGUUCCCUCGGAGUCUGAAUCGGACCGCAGCAACUCGUCUCCGCCGUCAAGAUACGACACUCUGGACAGAGACAAAUACAAGGUUCUCUCGGGGGUCUCCGCACUGCCAAACCCUCGAGCUUCACCCGUCACCCAGAACUGGAACUCCACCGCCUCACGUACUCGCAGAGCUGUUUCCGAGUCCGAUUCAGAUCGGAGCCCCUCUCCACCCCCAAAGCACCAGAGUCCCAAGACCGACAAUCACUCCAGAUACAAAGUGCUUCCUGAUCUCCCUCCUCCUGGUUUGAAGUCUUCCUCACUCAGCGUGUCUCAGGAUUUCCCUCGCCGCAUGGCCUCGCCUUACAGGCCGCCAGUCAGAGCAUCAGAAUCUGAAUCGGAUGAUGACAUCGGACCUUCACGUCGACAGGGCACUCCAGCCGGCCAAGAGUCCCGCAAUAGAUACAGGGUGCUCCCUGAGGUCAACGCAGCCCCUAAAGUGGAACCCCCAAAAUGGGCGAAACCCUCAACGCCUGUAGAGCGAGCUCCAUCAGAGUCCGAGUCAGAUCCUGACUCAGCAAGUUACAAUCCUCCACCAAAAGCACAGACGUCAAUGAAUAAAUACUCUAGAAUGAAACAAGGACCUGAAAUUCCAGUUCCAAUCAUCAACAGUCGACAGGAAGCUCCGGUCAGAGCAGCCCCCACCAGACCACCUCCUGAAGAUUCUUCGGAAUCAGAAAGAGCCUCCUCACCUCCCAGGGCAUUUGAGAGUCCUGCCCACAACAGCGAACACAGUUUUCCACGUGCUUACGACACUCUCCGCUCUGAUGCGUCUCUACCCAACCACACCAGGAUAACCUCCAAACCUGUUGAGGAACCCCUUUAUUCACUUCCGCCAGAUGCCGUGCCUACACCAAACCUGGGGUACAGCUCGGACCAGAACCACAUCAGCUUUGUGAAGGAAGGCAAUGUUGGGUUGAGGUUGGUGGGAGGAAAUGAUGUCGGCAUCUUUGUCGGAGGCAUCCAGCCGAACAGUCCAGCUCAGAAGCAGGGCAUGAAGGAAGGUGAUCAGAUACUGGAGGUAAAUGGUGUGGAUUUUACCCACUUCACCAGGGAGGAAGCUGCGAUGUAUCUCAUGAACAUCCGUGCUGGGGAUCGUAUUGAUAUCCGGACACAGAAUAAAAUGGACAUCUACAAGAAGAUAACGAAGUCCAGUUUGGGAGACUCUUUCUACAUCCGCACGCACUUCGACCACGUGGCAGAAAACAGUCACGAACUCAGCUUCACCCGAGGUGAGGUGUUCAGAGUUCUGGACACGAUGCACCGCGGGAAGCUGGGAACCUGGCUGGCUGUGCGCAUGGGCAAUGACCUACACGAGUUGGAUAAAGGAACCAUUCCUAACCAAACCAGAGCCGAAACGUUGGCCAAUUUGGAGCAGGCACAGAGAAUCAGCGCCGCCGAGAGACAAUCCUCUGGCCCCCGAGCAGAAUUCUGGAAGCUACGAGGUCUCCGAGGAGCCAAGAAGAACACCAGAAGAACCCGCGAUGAUCUUUUGCAGUUGACAAUCCAGGGGAAAUUUCCAGCAUAUGAGAAGGUCCUGUUGAGAGAGGCCAUUUUCAAGCGGCCCAUUGUCAUUUUGGGUCCUCUAAAUGACAUCGCCAAUGAGAAGCUGGCUAGAGAAAAGCCUGAUGAAUUUGAAAUCGCAGAAAUGGUACCCAGGGCUGGAAGUGAAAGUUCAUCCAGUGUCAUCAAGCUGGACGCAGUGAGGCAAAUAGCAGAACAGGACAAACACCCCCUGCUGGACAUUACUCCCACUGCGGUAGAACGAUUGAAUUAUAUCCAGUACCAUCCCAUGGUGAUUUUCCUGGACCCUCAUAGUCGGAAGGACGUGAAGGGCAUGAGGCAGAGACACAUGCCUGAAUCCAACAAGAGCUCUCGUCGCCUGUACGCUCAGGCCCUGAAGCUGAGAAAACACUAUAGCCAUCUGUUUUCUGCACGUGUUGAUCUUCAGCCAGACUCUAACAUGUGGUAUGACGUUGUGAAAGACAAGAUUCGCCAGCAGCAGUCUAAACCUGUCUGGGUUUCAGAAGUAACGUUGGAGGGAGGUAAUGAAGAAGAGCUUGACGCGAUCAGCCGCUCGCACAACUCCGACUACCUCAGCGGUGCCAGUGACUAUGAGGACACAGAUGGUGAGGGCUUCACGGACGGCGAAGCCUACACUGAUAACGAAGAGCUGGAGGAGCCCACGGCAGGAGUCCUCACACGUCGUGGCACCGCAUUGGCCCGUUCCUCAGAGCCCGCAGAUGAGCAGGACCCCAGCCCUGAACCUCCGUAUGAUUCAGAACCGUACCUGGAGGAAGAACCGGAGUACACCCUGCCUCCCUCGGUGCUACCUCCCAUGCUGCAUGUUCCGGAGCCCCGAAUGCCACGCUUCGCUUCCAGCAGCCCUCAAGAACAGGAUGAUGUCCCAUCACAGCAUAGCUUUACGGAUUCAGACUUCAGCGCCAAUGACGUGGCAGCACCACCGGCUCCCUCCUACGCACCGCCAAACUACAGGGCACCGGACCCUCCAGAGCUGUCAGCAGAAACGCCUCCAUUGUCAGCCAUUGAGGAGAAACUACAGCAGACUCGUUUGGCGGAACCUGCGAGGAAGCAGUCCCCAUUAUUUAUAGUGUUGUCCCAUCAUGAAGCUUUGCAAACACGGAGGACACGCAUCAGAGGAAGUGACAGCGAUAGUGACCGUAAUGAUGACAAUGACAGAGAUGAUGAUGAUUAUGGUGAUGAUAUAGGUGAUGACAUUGAAUGGGGGCCUGCCACAGAGCUCUAAUAUACACAGACCAACAUCCCAGAGCUCUCGUGCUUCUCAUUUGGGACCUGUACAUUCACAAAACCAAACAUUUUUAAUGUCAUCUUUUUAUCAUCUUUUUUAAAGUGGCCCUAUGGACGUAUUGAUGACUAUAAUUCUGGAUCAAUUGGGAAAAUGUAGAGUCCUUUUGCGGGUUUUGGUGCUCUAAUCUCCCUCGAGAUUGUUUCAUAAACAAAAGUUGUAAUGAAGUAGGGUAUGUUAUACCCUCUUCAGUAACUCUAGAUAUUAUUUUAAUUUUGUAUUUUUAAAUAAAUGAAUUUUAUUUCUCAA